UGGUGCUCAAAAUGAUUUUCCUGCGUGAGCUCUUCGCAGCGGCUAUCCUCUUCUUCAUCACCCGUUACUUCAUCCAACGUAUAAUCACCAAGCCCCGGCGGCCACUCCCACCGGGCCCGAAAGGCUGGCCAGUCAUCGGUGCUCUGCCACUGCUAGGCAAAAUGCCUCAUGUCGCCUUAUUUGAGUUGGCCAAAAAGUCUGGCCCCGUCAUGUAUCUCAAGAUGGGUACGUGCGGCAUGGUGGUGGCGUCUACCCCAGAGGCCGCCCGUGUCUUUCUCAAGACACUUGACCUCAACUUCUCAAAUCGGCCGUCCAAUGCCGGUGCAACCCAUCUUGCAUACAAUAGGCAAGACAUGGUGUUUGCAGACUAUGGGCCUCGUUGGAGGUUGCUGCGCAAGCUAAGCAACCUCCACAUGCUCGGUGGCAAGGCCUUGAAAGAGUGGCCCAGGGUGGCUGCCAUCGAGCUUGAUCACAUGGUACAGGCCAUGUGCAAAUCGAGUGGACAGGGAGAACCGGUCAUCAUGCCGGAGAUGUUGACAUAUGCAGUGGCAAAUAUGAUUGGGCAGAUUAUAUUGAGUCGACGAGUUUUUGCCACAAAUAGGGACGAGUCAAACGAGUUUAGGGAUAUGGUGGUGGAGCUGAUGAAAAUUGCGGGGCUUCUCAACAUCGGUGAUUUUAUCCCGUCCAUUGCAUGGAUGGACUUGCAGGGAAUUGAAGGAGGGAUGAAAAAGCUCCACACGAAGUGGGAUGCUCUCAUUACAAAGAUGAUUAAGGAGCACCAAGAGUUGGCUAAUGAGGGGAAGGGGAAGAAGCCUGAUUUCCUUGAUGUCAUCUUCGCUAAUAGGGAGAACUCAGAAGGAGAAAGGCUCUCCAACGUCAACAUUAAGGCUCUCCUCCUGAACAUGUUCGUAGCUGGAACAGACACAACAUCAAGCAUAAUCGAGUGGGCACUAGCAGAGAUGAUGAAAAACCCAACAAUCCUCCAAAAAGCUCAUGUGGAAAUGGACGCAGUGGUUGGUCGGAACCGCCGGCUCAAAGAAUCCGAUAUAGCAAAGCUCCCAUACCUCCAAGCCAUAUGCAAAGAGACCUUAAGAAAACACCCACCAACACCAUUAAACGUCCCUCGAGUCUCCAUCGAAGCUUGUGAGGUGAAUGGCUACUACAUACCUAAGAACACAAGGCUAAGUGUCAACAUAUGGGGAAUAGGGAGAGAUCCCAAUGUGUGGGAGAACCCAUUAGAUUUUGAACCGGAGAGGUUCUUGUGUGGAAGGAAUGCUAAGAUUGAUCCUCGAGGAAAUGAUUUUGAGUUGAUUCCAUUUGGGGCUGGGAGAAGGAUCUGUGCAGGGAUGAGAGUAGGGAUUAUGAUGGUGGAGUAUAUAUUAGGAAUGCUUGUUCAUGCUUUUGAUUGGAAGAUUCCUCCGGGGACUGAUCUCAACAUGGAGGAAGCAUUUGGGCUUACUUUGCAGAAGGCUGUGCCUUUGUCAGCCAUGGUGACACCUAGGUUGGCAGCCCAUGCUUACACAGCUUGAUGGGUUUGGAUUGAUUAUGAUCUUUGAAGCUAUGUUUGAUGUUUGAUGUUAUUUGAGGGACAUUGUAGUUCUAUAUCUUUCCUAUCUGGUUUUGUUACUA